UGCUUUAGCUUGUCUAUGGCAGUACUCAACAAAAAAAAAGCAAUGAACUAAAAUGAGAAAAAUGAAAUUUGCUUGUUACUAAUGUUUCAUUUAAUUUGUGAGAGAGUCCAGUAGUUUUGUACGUUUAAUAGUAUUUCAAUAAAUACAAGAAAUACAAUUAGAUCCAAAAAGUAAUGGUUGUAUGUUGCUGCGUUAAAACAGUACAAUGGCGAAACGAAAGAAGGCAGCAGCAAAAACUGUGGCGACGCGUCGUACAACCCGAAGCGCCAAGCAGCAGGCCGAAGCAGCGUCGGCCGCUGACGGUGAGGCUUCUGGCUCAGUCGAGGCGACCACCUCUGAAACCAGCCAGGCAACAGAGCCAGCACCUACCGAUGCAACUACUGCUCCCGAGUCACAGGCUCCAGAGGCACCAGAAACGUCAGAAUCAUCAGGCCAUGCCAUUACUAAACCUUGUCAAGUACCAAUCGUAGCGUUGCAUAAGAAAUUCGGUAAAUAUCGAUGUUUAUUCAACAAUGAUGAGACAUUUACUAGAAAAUAUGAUAUUGGUAGUGACAGUGAAACAAAUAGUAGUGUAGAAAUAAGAGUUGUUGAUCCUUGUGCGAGCUCCGAGUCAGAUUCCAAUGCUGCUUUAGACACACAGUCUGAUACUAAUAGUGGGGCUAAUUUGAGUCCAUUGAACAGUACAACAAUAACACAGAGCAAUUCUAGAGACAUAUCACCUGUACCUGCACUGACUGAAUUAUCAUCAAAUUGUGAAACACCACUAUUGAACAAAGAUGAAGGAAAUGAUAAGUGUAUGGAGUUAAAUACUAUUGAUUUGAUUGAAACUGACUCCACUCCUAGUAUUAAUGACAGUCAUCAAGUUGUAGAUGAUCCCUACAAGGAAUCAAAGAUAGAAGAAAUACAGGUUGAAGACAUUCCAUUGGAAGAAGAACAAAUAGAAUUUACAGGGGAUGAUGAUGAAGUCAUUACAAUUGUUCAGAUAGUAGAAGAUGACCACCCAGAGCUUUAUUACAACAUUAAGAUUGAUAGUCCACAAGAGCAUAUAACUGAACAUAUUGAUCAUGAAGAGAGUAAGGAUAAUUCACAAAACACUGAUUUCCAAGAACAUUUUGAAAAGUUAAAUAUUGCAACAUCAGAUUCAAACAUUCCUAUGGAAUGUUCAGAAGUGAUUGAGAUUGCAUCCUCACCAUGUCUAACUCCUGACAUUCAAUAUAAAGAAAGUUUAAAUGAAGUUCUAAUGAGACCUGACCCAAGCCUCACACCAAGUUCUACACUAUCAGAUGAUAGUAACUCAUCCAGGGUGGCAGAACCAAACCAGAAUAACUCAAAUGAUUCAGCUGAAUCUUCUCCUACUGGUGUUAGGAGAUCCAGCCGCAUUAAGACAAUAAGCAAUUUGAAACAGAAAACAAAAGGCUAUGGGUUAGUGAAAACACCAUUGAAGAAGGCUUUGAUAACACAGACAAAGCUGAAACUUGAAGAAAUUGGAUCUGACAGUCAGGACAAAUCUUGUGAAUCUUUGCCAGGUACUACGCCUAAUUCACCUUCAUUUCCUGUGCCUUCUGAGAUGCCUGUGAAGGUGAAGUCUCGGUGGCGUAGGUCUAGUGAGUUAGAGAUGGGUGCUGUCUCCCCUGCUAACUCACCCUUGGCAAGCCCCAGUCUGCCUCAGCGGUUACCCCCAGUUGCUGAAAGUCCCAGCUUACCAGAAGAAGAACAACAUGCACCUCCUUUAACAAAAGAAGAUUAUGACAGAAUAAUUGAGGAAAGGAUGAACCAGUACCAACAUUUGGACGAAAAUGAGUAUUUAUGUGAGAGAAUGAUUAGUAAGGAGACAAAGAAAAUGACUUGUGACUGUUUUAUGACCAAAGAAGAAUUAGAGAGAGGAGAACUGGCUUGUGGAGAGGACUGCCUCAAUAGACUGCUUAUGAUUGAAUGUAAUUCCCGAUGUCCAGUAGGUGAUAGGUGUACCAACCGAAGGUUCCAGUCUAAGGAAAAUGCACCUCUUAAGGUUUUCUAUGCAGACAAGAAGGGGUGUGGUGUGGAGGCUAGUGUUGAUAUACCAGCGGGUGAAUUCCUUCUCGAAUAUGUGGGCGAAGUGCUUGAUUACGAGCAGUUCUACAAGCGGGCUCAGGCAUAUUCGGCUGAGAACAACCUGCAUCACUAUUUUAUGUCGCUGAAGGGCGACACGGUCAUUGACGCGACACUCAAAGGCAACAUAUCACGUUUCAUCAACCACUCGUGUGAUCCCAAUGCUGAGACACAGAAGUGGACUGUCAAUGGAGAGCUCCGGAUUGGAUUCUUCAGCAAGAGGGACAUUGUUGCAGGAGAGGAACUCACAUUUGAUUAUCAAUUCCAGAGGUUUGGAAAGGUGGCGCAGCGCUGUUACUGCGGCGCCGACAACUGCCGCGGCUGGAUCGGGGGCGAGCCUGACUCCGACGAUGAAGAUGACGAGGUACGACGAAUAACGGAGGAGGAAGAUGUGUCUACCUCAAAAUCUGGUACAACAGAGUCCUCAGAGGAGUCCCAUGCUACACCGACAGAGCAGCCGCGACCGAAAGUUCGCCGACCCAGGAAGGACCGCACCUACAAACCCAAAGCUCCUGACUUGGUGCAGGAUGCUGACAUUGAAGAAGACCUGGAAGCCUUGGGCCGCACCGGCGUAAAGAACCAGAGUCAUACACUCCGGCUGUCCCGUACCGUGGUCCGAGCCAAGACACGGCGAGCACAGACUGCCUUACUGCGGCUACUGCGGGACGCUGACCUUCCUUGUAGAAGACUGUUCCUUGACUACAGGGGUCUUAGAUUACUGGCGCCUUGGUGCAGUGAUGCUCCACUAGAUUUCAAGCUAGAGAUGCUGCAAACAGUGGACCGACUGCCGAUCCCCAACAAGACGAUGGUGCAAGAGAGCCGUUUCUUCACCAUCGUGGAGCGAUGGCUGAGCGCCGCCGACGUGCCGCAGCCUCCGCCUGACAACGUCUUCAUUGAUGAGGCUACUGGUUUACCUAUAGAACUACCAAACAGAAAUAGUCAAGAGAAUCUCUCGAGUCCAGAAAAGGCUAAAGACAAUGCAGCUAUACUGGAGAAGAUUAAGGAUCUGUCAAGUCAACUGUUGGAAAGAUGGUCUAGUUUGAAGGAAGUGUUCAAAAUACCGAAAAAGGAACGGAUACAGCAAAUGAAAGAGCACGAAAGACAAGCCAAUGUUGAGAGGCGAGCGGCUGACUCGAGCGGGUCGCGGGAUCGGGACAGAGACCGCAGGGACGACCGCGACAGAGACCGCAGGGAGGAGAGGGAACGUGAUAGGGAGAAAGAAAGGGACAGAGAUAGGGAGCGAGACAGGGACCGGGAGAGAAGUGACCGCGAACGUGGUGAGAGGGACCGCGGGGAAAGAGACCGUGAUAGGUACAGAGAUCGCGACAGAGACCGCGACAGGGAUAGAGAUAGAGAUGACAGAGACAGGAGGAAACGAAGGAGCAGUCCGGAGGGUAGGAGGAGUAUCAGGCUAAGCGACCGUGUACUGGCCGCAGUGCCACCGAUGACGAAGGAGGAACGCCGUCGUGCCUUCGCGGAGGCGGCCGCGGCCGCGGACGAGUCGAGGAGACAACGAGAACGGAUGCAACACGCUGGCUGGCCUGCUUACUGGCCGCAGGCUGACGCUUUCCAACAGCAAAUGUUCCCUGGUGGUAUGGUUCCCGGUGGCCCCAACAUGAUGAGUAACAUGAACAAUAUGAACAACAUGGGCAACAUGGGUGGCAUGGUAUGCGGAGUGCCUGGCCUAGUACCUGACAUGCCCGCGGACUGGAUGUCUCACGAAUUCCCUCCUGCGCCCUUCUGCCCGCCUUUCUGUAUGCCACAAGCUAAUAUGAUGGGCAUGCCCGGGUUCCCGAUGGGUGGGUUUAUGUUUGGGCAACAGGUUGGCCCGUCCGGACAACCUCCCUUCCCACAAGUACAACCGCAACCUGAUCAACCACAACAACAACCUUCUACAGCAGCCGCAGCUCCGGCCGAAGACCUGAAAGACAUAGUGCUGCCGUCCCUAUGGCGCAGCGCCACGGACGCCCGCGGCCGCACCUACUACUACCACGUCAAGCUGCGGCAGCCGCAGUGGAUCCCGCCGCCACUGCCCACCGAGCCGGAAGAGAGUUCGUCAGAGGAGGAGGAUGAGCUCCCGUCUUCAGGCCUGGACAGUCCGCUAGUGCGACGGCAGACCAAAGGGAAGGUCGUGGAAGGAGUCAAUGGCAUUUACGAAGGUGGGGAGACCGACUUUAUUAAAGAGGAGAGUCACAACGGCCUGAUUCCUGACCACGCGCUAGUCAGCCUCAAACCAAGGAAACGAAGACCUGGACUUGUCUCCGAAAGACCUAUUAGUCCUAGGACAGAAGAAGACAAACUCGCAGGAAGGCUUGAAGUGAAGCGGUAUAAGCAGACUAAGGAGAAACUACGCAGGCGCCGAGAGAAGAUACUACAGAAAGUGCGACUUCUCGCCGCCAACAAAUCGCAGCGGAGAUUCAAAGGCAGCGUGAUGGACUUGAAAGAUAAAGAGAAGGACAGAGAUAUGGGAAAAGACUUAGAGACUGAAAAAGAGAGAGUUGUUGAGAAAGAAAUAACGAAGAGAAUGGAGAUUGAGACCAUAGACAUUGAGAAGAAGGAACAUGUGAAGAAACAUGAGCCUGAAAUAAAGCAAAUGGUGGAAUUAGUGGACUCAGAUACUGAUUCUGAAGACUCGUCGACUGAAGAAUCGACUCCGGCGACGGUACAAGAAAACCCGAUUGAGAAGCCAGCCAUGUUGGAGGCGUCCCCGUCUCCAGUAGCGGCGGCGCCACAAUCCCCGCCAGCCUCGGAGGGCGCGACCUCCAUGAGCACUGAAGAGACAGCUCGCAAGAUCAAGGAGCAGUUCCGCUGCAGCAUGGCGCGGGUCAUGGUGCAGCACCUCAACCCGUACAGACAUCCUGACGCGCCCGCCGCGCGGAUCACCUGCACGGCCGACUUCAAACAUUUAGCUAGAAAGCUUACACACUUCGUAAUGCUUAAAGAGCUGAAGCAUUGUCGAUCAGUCGAUGAACUAGUAGUGACUGACUCAGUGCGCUCUAAAGCGAAGAUGUUCGUCAGAAAGUAUAUGGCCAAGUUUGGACCUGUCUAUAAUCGGCCUCCGGAGGAGAUCGAUUAGCACAGGAAGGCCGCGAACCGGCCGGACACCUAGCGUUUGGGACGCCUCGAACAUGAACAUACACUAUAAAAUGUUACACCUGCAUGGACUUGUUCAACAAAUAGUGACAAACAGUGCUAGCUCUAGUUUUAAGUGACUUUACCAGCGUUAAACUGAUCACUUCAUUGAUUGAUCAGUCCAUUCACUGAUGUACACCAGAUUUAUAUUUUAAACUCACUAAUAAAGACAGUGAUUUUAUAGAUUCUCACCUCACGGACUGAUAUGCAAUAGUGAAUGUAAACACUAUUUAAUUUAUUUACACCAUUUUUUUUAAUUAAUGACAAUUGCAUGUGAUUGCUGUCCUCGGUGAUUGUAAAUGAUUUUGUGGGACAAAGGAAUUAAGAGAUGUCGAGAAUGAUAGUAUGUGAAACAUGUACUGCAUAGAAAAUAGAAACUGAACUAUACUGUAAAUAUAGUGUAAGUCCAUAUAGUUAAUAUUUUUGUUUUAAGAAACACCUCUUUAGCAUAUACUGUAUUGUAAAUUACGUGAUUCUGUUCUUAGACAUGAUUUUUAUAAAUGUUCACGGGACAAAUGCAAGAGAAAGUAUUUAUGUUUAUACUAUGAUCUCUGGAGUUUUGCUGGACAAUACGCGAACGCAACUCGAAUAAUGAACUGCAACGGUUUAAGUACACAGUAUUAUAAAAAUAGAUUUUAUUAUUAUGAACAGGUGUUUGCUGGUGUGUUUGGUCGAUGAGAUCACACUAAUAAUGUCUAGUUAGUUCAAUUUGUCGAUUUCAAAUAUCGAGACGUUCUCCUCACUAUCAUGAAAUUUGUAAGCUUUGCUUAAUUUGUAGACUGACUUCUACCAAUCAUAAUAAAAUAUUACACCUUUUCAUUGUUUCAAAUUUCUUUUUCAUUAUAUACUUCUUUUAUCAAAGUAGCUGAUUAAUUAAGGUACUUCUUCUUGUACCAAUAAAAUAUUUCAAAGUAGUUUUUUAAUAAUAUCGAGUAAGUUACUUCAAGUGUUCAAGGGCUACUCCCUUUUAGAUUUCAGUCUGAGAAAUUAGCUAGCUUUCUCACACAAUAAUUAUAAUAUUUUAUUACCUAAUUAUGAUAUAGAUUGGUGAUUAAAUAAGAUUUAUUAGCCAAUGUCUGAAUGACACGAUACAUUGAUUCUUGUGAAGGAGACAAUGAGAUUCCUAUGUAAUACCAAUUGAAUUUUUCACGAUUUAUUGUAGUAAGAAAUCUUGCUUUCGCUUCCUGUAUGUGCUUUUGCAGUGCAGAUAUAUGUUUUUGAGAAUACUGACUAUUAGGUUAAGCAAGCCGUAGCGAUAGUUGAACGCAGCCUCGGUUGCGGAACAAAACCAAACAUGAGUUUGUCGUCAAACUAAAUGAUAAGUUGAUAUGAAAUUAUGUUACAUUAAAUUGUAUAAAUCUCUGGUUUUGAGAUAGUCUUUAUGUGAUUCAUAAUGUUGUGUGUAAAUAGAUGUAAAUAUGAGUGACAUAGAAUUAUUGUCUGUUUCGGAUUAUAGAGUGAGCGAUUUUAUUUUUAUGAUGAAGUGUGUGGGCGCCUUGUCGCUUCUCGUGGUGACGAACGAUUUCAUACUUUGGAGUUUGGCGAUCAGAUCGAAGCCGUCGGAACAAAAUAAAUGUUAUUUCUUUUAA